AGGGACAUUAAAGCUUAACUUCAAAAUCUGACCCAGAGAAAGAAGACAUAAGGCUGAACCAAAAACAAAGAACUUGGCUCAGCUAGUGAAGGAAAGACUGAACAAAGAAGAAGAAAGCAACAAAGAUAACUUUGGAAGCCCUGAAUGCAGCAAAAUAAGAACAAUGGAUCUCAAGUUCAACAACUCCCGGAAAUUUAUCUCUAUCAGUGUGCCAUCCAAAACCCAAACAAUGUCACCACACAUCAAGUCAAUUGAUGACAUUGUAGUACUUGGCAUAAAUCUCAGCAAAUUUAACAAACUUACUCAAUUUUUCAUAUGUGUUGCUGGAGUUUUUUUAUUUUACCUAAUUUAUGGAUAUUUACAGGAAUUAAUAUUUUCAAUGGAAGGUUUUAAGCCCUAUGGCUGGUACCUUACUUUAGUGCAGUUUGCAUUUUACUCCAUAUUUGGCCUAAUAGAACUUCAAUUUAUUCAGGACAAAAGGAGAAGAAUACCAGGAAAAACCUACAUGAUAAUAGCUUUUCUCACUGUGGGUACUAUGGGGCUAUCAAACACUUCCUUGGGCUACCUGAAUUACCCUACCCAAGUCAUCUUCAAGUGCUGCAAACUGAUUCCUGUUAUGAUAGGAGGAGUUUUUAUCCAAGGAAAGCGGUACAAUAUUGUAGACGUGACUGCUGCAGUAUGUAUGAGCCUUGGCCUCAUCUGGUUUACUCUUGCUGACAGCACAGUUACACCAAACUUCAACCUGACAGGUGUGAUGCUUAUUUCCCUGGCACUGUGUGCAGAUGCCGUCAUUGGAAAUGUACAAGAGAAAGCUAUGAAACUGCAUAACGCUUCUAAUUCUGAAAUGGUUUUGUACUCAUAUUCAAUCGGUUUUGUGUACAUUUUAUUGGGAUUAACAUGCACUAGUGGAUUAGGCCCUGCAGUGACAUUUUGUUCAAAGAAUCCAAUUUGGACCUACGGUUACGCAUUCCUUUUUUCCCUUACUGGGUACUUUGGAAUCUCUUUUGUCUUGGCAUUGAUUAAAAUUUUUGGUGCACUUCUUGCUGUAACAGUGACAACAGGAAGAAAAGCAAUGACCAUUGUACUUUCAUUUAUGUUCUUUGCUAAACCUUUCACAUUUCAGUAUGUGUGGGCUGGCUUGUUAGUUGUCCUUGGCAUAUUUCUCAAUGUGUAUAGCAAGAAUGUGGAUAAAAUAAGACUCCCGUCACUAUAUGAUCUGAUACACAAGGCAGCAGAGUCGAGAAAGGCAAGGACGUUGGCACAAACUGUAUAAGCACUGAUUUGUCUUGUUUAAAAAAAUAAUAAAUUUUAAGGGAAAAAUCAUUACUUGAUUAACUUUUCAAAAGAGUGUGAUUCAAACCAAAGAACCCGAAGGUGUGCUAUCCAUUUGUGGACAGAUCACAUGUGGAGUGGUUUGUGGCGUCAGCCUUUCUUCAGAGCACUUGUUUUACUCUUUGACUUCGAAAGCACUUGAGAGCUGCGUGUGGCACAGCUUACAGUAAGCGUCAGUGUGAGGGGCUGUCCUAGCAGCUUCCUGAGAAUCUCACUGACAGUGAACCAUGUUGCAAGAUAGGUGGGUGUCAGUAUGACGUAUCGAAGACAUUGAUAUGUAGCAGCACAUUGUUUUGUCUUCGUUCUGUUUUGGUGGUGUUAUUUAAAUUGAUUCUCUGUUAUAAGAGUAACUUGAUGAUUUAAGUCUGGAGAGAAUAAUAUUCAUUACAAAUAAAAUUAUAC